AAAUUUCUCUAUUUUCCUUGCGCCAGAAAUUUGGGGUUCAAGGGGAUUCUCCAUAAGUGCCCCUUAGUGCCGUAGUGAGUAUGGAGGAUGAGCCAGAAGUUGUUCAAGAAGAUGGCGGAGGCCGAGGACCACGACCCCGCGGCCCAGUGACUGGUGGCUGGGGAUUCGAUGAUGGGGCGCAAGGUGGACCAAGAAUGAGUGCAGAACCCCCAUCUCCACCCCAGAGAGGCCACAAGGGUCACUUUGAAGAAGAUGAUGAAGCCGUUCCAACAAUCCCAGAUUUGGAGGAAGAAGCUGAGGAAGACAUUACAAGGCAGGUUGCAGCUCCUCCCGUUGCAGCUCCGUCAUUAGCACCCCCUGUGCGCACCGUGCGGGAGCUGGAUGGUGCAUUGAACAGUCGUGGCACCCAGCUGCCCACAAGCCCAGAGGAAGGUGUAGAUUUGGCACCGUUGAUGCAGUGCUUGUGCUCAGAUCGCCAGGUCUUUGAGCAGGACAGCACUUGGGACCAUGAGCUUAUCUUCCAGGAAGUAGCAAGUGCCAUCAAUCAAGAUAUGACAGGAGAUGAAGAGGCCGAUGAGCUGGAUCUUCAAAGGUGAUGAGCUCCCUGUGGAGAAGAUGUGAAUGCGCUUGCAGGACUGAGAGCCAACUUGCUGUGCCGCAGUUCCAAAAA